UUUCUGUCGUCGGAACGGAUUCGCCGUCAUACGAGUCCCACGAAAAAUCGCCAGGUCAGUUCCCGACAGCCGCCGCUUCAGCUGUCCUCAGCUGAUUGCGGAGCCAAAUCGAGAACGGAGUAGAAAAGAGGGAAGGGACAGUGCGUGAAGUCUCGUAAUGAUCAUUUAGCGACGAUUGACCGAGUGCUCGGUAAAGAGAGUUUGUGUGAGAGAGAGGAAGAUAAAGAAUGGGAGCGGCCUGAGGUUGAAUUUUUCGCGGCGGUUGAUUGAGUUUUUCACACGAUAAACGGCGAGCAUCGCGUAUACCGUUAAGCCGAGGCGAAUCCUGCGGACGACGAGAUGACAUUGGCAACUAUUUCUGAAAUGGCACGAUCAAACGCAAAAAGACGACACUCGAAUUUGCCGCAUUUCGAGUCCGUCGCCAGGAUUUCAAGCUUCCCCAUCGUUGAGAGCGGCAUACACAUCGCUGGUAAUGUGUAUGAAAAGAUUAAGCGUUCGAAUUCCUUAAUGAACUGGAGCCUGGGUACGGCGGAGCAGUCAUUAGCGAUUGCAACGGCGACAGCGAAGCCAGCUUUUUUCGCGCUCAACGGGCCAAUUGCGACGAUCGAUCAGCUGCUGUGCAAAGGUAUCGACAUUGUCGAGGAGAGAGUGCCAGCGGUGCAUCUUCCUCCUUACGUUAUGUAUCUCAACACGCGAGAGUAUGUAAAUAACAAGAUUGUAAGGCCGGUGCUGAUGCGUGCCGGAAGUGUCAAGCAAAUCGGUAGUCAAGCCGCCGACGCCGCGGCUGACAGAUUGGACGGUGCACUAACGGUCGCAGACAAAUACGUAGAUCGCUAUUUGCCGGAGGAUCCAGCUGAUAAAGUGGACGACUUUUCAGAGAUCAGCCCCGCUGAACCCGCGAGCAAAACGACACGGACGAUCAAGCACGGCGCGAGAUUCUCGCGAAAACUGCAAAAAAGAUUGACACGACGCACUUUGGCCGAAGCGCGCGCGCUCAAAGAGCAAGGAACGGAGUGCAUCCACGUUCUUCUGUAUGUGAUAGAAUUGCUAGCCACAGACCCAAAACUGGCGCUGCAGAAAGCCAAGGAGCUGUGGGCUACGUUGAGCUUACCCGAACCUGAAAAUCAGGCGCGUCCAGCCACGUUGGAGCAAUUGCUGGUGCUGUUGACGCGUGAAUCGGCACGGCGUGUAGUGCACCUGGUGAAUGGUGCGUCGGCAUUGGCGGCCAAGACCCCGCGUCGUUUAGGUCAUCUGUUCGUCAGGCUCUCUGACCAACUACUUGCCGUCGCAGAUGCCACGUUGAAGAUGACACCACUCAUAGGUAAGAGCAAAGUUGUCGCGAAGGAACAAGUAUCCGUCAUACGCUCCGCAAUCGAGAGACUGAAUUCGACCACGAAUCUAUUAUUGGAACGACUCGCUGCAUUCUUAGCUGGUCGCCCGAACUCUCAGAAGGUAUCACGCGUGCAGAACCGCCAGCAAAACCACAACAACCACAUGUCGGUGUCGUCCAAUCCUCCGAUAAAUGGUAUCGAGUAACCGACGCGAGUCUCGCUUGAAAAUUGCUACGCGCGGGUUUCUUCCCUUCCGGUAUGGUUUUCGAUUACAAGGUCAAAGACACUCUCGGUAGUAGGGAAGAAGCCGUCAAGCCGUCACCGCCGCCGCUCGUCAAUUAACGCAGCGCCCAUUAUCUUUAUACGAAGUUUACGAUUUUGUAUACUCGUUGAUACGAUAAUACAAGGACAGGAUAUAUUUUAUCACCGGCACAGUGUACCCGUGCCGCGUUCAUUCUUCUCAAUUUAGUCAUUGGUCAAAUUAUUGCUUCUACGGUAGUUAAGAGUGUAGGUGAGGAGGAAAAAAUAAAGGGCCGUCUUGAUUAACCGUAA